CAGAAGGCUGUGCGUGCCUGCGCCGCCUCCGGGAUCCUCCGAGCGAGCGCGUGAGCGGCCGCCUGCAGCUCGGUCAUGGCGCUUCACGUCCCCAAGGCCCCGGGCUUUGCCCAGAUGCUCAAGGAGGGAGCGAAACAUUUUUCAGGAUUAGAAGAAGCUGUAUACAGGAACAUACAGGCUUGCAAGGAGCUUGCCCAAACGACUCGUACAGCAUAUGGGCCAAAUGGGAUGAACAAAAUGGUUAUCAAUCAUCUGGAGAAGUUGUUUGUGACAAAUGAUGCGGCAACCAUUUUAAGAGAGCUGGAAGUACAGCAUCCUGCUGCAAAAAUGAUAGUGAUGGCUUCUCACAUGCAAGAGCAAGAGGUUGGAGAUGGCACAAACUUUGUUCUAGUAUUUGCUGGAGCUCUUCUGGAAUUAGCUGAAGAGCUUCUGAGAAUUGGCCUGUCAGUUUCUGAGGUCAUAGAAGGUUAUGAAAUAGCCUGCAGAAAAGCCCAUGAGAUUCUUCCUGAUUUGGUGUGUUGUUCUGCAAAAAAUCUUAGAGAUGCUGAGGAAGUAUCAUCUCUACUUCAUACCUCCAUAAUGAGUAAACAGUAUGGUAAUGAAGUGUUUCUGGCCAAGCUUAUUGCUCAGGCAUGUGUGUCUAUUUUUCCUGAUUCCGGCCAUUUCAAUGUUGAUAACAUCAGAGUUUGUAAAAUCCUGGGCUCUGGUGUCCAUUCCUCUUCGGUGUUGCAUGGCAUGGUUUUUAAGAAGGAAACUGAAGGUGAUGUGACAUCUGUCAAAGAUGCAAAAAUAGCAGUGUACUCUUGUCCUUUUGAUGGUAUGAUAACAGAAACUAAGGGAACGGUAUUGAUAAAGACUGCUGAAGAACUGAUGAAUUUUAGUAAGGGAGAAGAAAAUCUAAUGGAUGCACAAGUCAAAGCUAUUGCUGAUACUGGUGCAAAUGUCAUAGUAACAGGUGGCAAAGUGGCAGACAUGGCUCUUCAUUAUGCUAACAAAUACAACAUCAUGCUGGUGAGGCUAAACUCAAAGUGGGAUCUCCGAAGACUAUGUAAAACAGUUAGUGCUACAGCUCUUCCUAGAUUGACUCCUCCUGUCCUUGAAGAAAUGGGACAUUGUGACAGUGUUUACCUCUCAGAAGUUGGGGAUACACAGGUGGUGGUUUUUAAGCAUGAAAAGGAAGAUGGUGCCAUUUCUACCAUAGUGCUGCGAGGCUCUACAGACAAUCUGAUGGACGACAUAGAAAGGGCAGUCGAUGACGGUGUUAACACUUUCAAAGUUCUUACAAGGGAUAAACGUCUGGUACCUGGAGGUGGAGCCACAGAAAUUGAAUUAGCCAAACAAAUUACAUCAUAUGGAGAGACGUGUCCUGGACUUGAACAGUAUGCCAUUAAGAAAUUUGCUGAGGCAUUUGAAGCUAUUCCCCGGGCACUGGCAGAAAAUUCUGGUGUUAAAGCCAAUGAAGUGAUCUCUAAACUUUAUGCAGUACAUCAAGAAGGAAAUAAAAAUGUUGGAUUGGAUAUUGAGGCCGAAGUUCCUGCUGUAAAGGACAUGUUGGAAGCGGGCAUUCUAGAUACUUACUUGGGGAAAUACUGGGCUAUCAAGCUGGCUACUAAUGCUGCUGUCACUGUACUUAGAGUGGAUCAGAUCAUUAUGGCAAAACCAGCCGGUGGGCCCAAACCUCCCAGUGGGAAGAAGGACUGGGAUGAUGACCAAAAUGACUGAAUGGCUUCAUUUUUACUGUAGGUGAAGGCUGUGUUUGUAGUAUUACUCUAGGAAUUGCCUGAUGUUUUCAUAUUCUCCUUAAAUUAAGAAAUGUUGUGUUUGUAUCCUCGGCUGGAAAAAAUAAACAUGUUGUUACU